AUGGGGUGCCAGCCAUUAGAAAAAGCAAAACCAAAAUACAGAAAGGGUUUAUGGUCACCUGAAGAAGAUAAUAAGCUCAGAAACCAUAUCAUUCAGCAUGGUCAUGGUUGCUGGAGCUCUGUCCCCAUUAAGGCAGGCUUGCAAAGGAAUGGAAAGAGCUGCAGACUAAGGUGGAUCAAUUACCUGAGGCCAGGAUUAAAGAGAGGGGUGUUCAGCAAACAGGAGGAGGAUACCAUCAUGACUCUUCAUCACAUGUUGGGCAACAAGUGGUCUCAGAUAGCACAACAUUUGCCAGGAAGGACUGACAAUGAGAUAAAAAACUACUGGCAUUCAUAUUUGAAAAAGAAAGUGAACAAAGAUAAGGAAAUGGAAUCUCCUAAACAAAUUCAGUAUGCUAGCUCAAGCUCAGAUACAAUGGACUAUUCACUCUCUCCCCAGAAACUUGCAACUCAAGAUCCAAGUUAUAAUUAUAACUCUUCCAAUAAGGAGGCCUGUCAGAGCUCAUUACCAAAACUGUUUUUUGCUGAGUGGCUUUCAUUGGAUCAAGUAAAUGGUGUUAGCUCUGUGAGCUCAGAUGACUCUUUGGUCUUGGUGAAUGAAUUUGAUCAAAAAUUUGAUCAAAAUUCAACUUUCCAAGAAGCUGAAAUGCAUAUAUCAGAAGGACUCUUUGGUGAAGAGUAUCAUAAUAGUUUAAUUCACAGUUCAGCCGCUGAGGUUUACAAUUCACAGCUUAAGUUAUCAAACCAAGUGGAUGGAAAUGACUUCAUCCAUUGUAUACAAGGGGCUGAUUUAAAUAGCAAUUUCAGCCUGAACAAUGAUGCAAUGUAUGUAUGA